GUGUUGUAAUAGAAUAUUCAGAAAAGUAUAUAAUAAGCGUUAAGCUUUAUCAAGUUAGCAUAUUGCAAGUGAAGACCGCACAGGAAUCAUGAAAUUGUUGGUUGUACUCGGUUUAGUCGUGGUGGUGUCGGCGGCGCCCCAAGCUCAAAGGCAGGUGCCCAGCGCAAAUCCACAAGAAGUACAAAUUCUUCGGUUCGAUACUGAAAAUGAUGGUCUCGGUACUUACAGAUUUGCCUUAGAACAAAGUGAUGGCACCAAAAAGGAAGAACAAGGGGAACUGAAGAACGCUGGAACCGAUGACGAGGCUAUCUCUGUGAGGGGAUCCUACACCUGGGUUGGCCCAGAUGGCGUCACCUACACCGUGACAUACGUAGCUGAUGAUAAAGGCUAUCAACCAACAAUCGAGCAGGGUCCAGGAGGUGCUAUACCACCUGGCGUUGUUGCUUCUCUAAUUGGCUAAUUCCCCACCAUA